AUGUCUCACGCAUCGACACAGACCUGUCCAUGCCACGCCGCGGGCCAAGAUCCCGCAGAAAUCACAACUCUGCACCAAGCAGCCUUUCACCAAGACAACCAACGACUAGAACAGCUUCUACAAGACGGCGCUGACGUAUCAGCUACACAGACGGCUCGUGACUUCACGCCACUUCACUAUGCCGUGCAGUUCGGCGACGAGAAAGCUGUGCAGAUGCUCAUUGAAGCUGGGUCCAACGUCUCUGCGGCAAGCUAUGAUGGCGUCACGCCGUUGCACAACACAUCAGCCGGUGGUGACGUGAAAAUCACUGAAGUGCUCCUAAAGGCGGGGGCCAAUGUUGACAGUCGCAAUAUCGAUGAAGAAACGCCUCUGCAUGUUGUGUCAUUGUUUGGGGAGACACAAAUCGCUAAGCUCCUCAUAGACACUGGGGCGGAUGUAUCGGCAAAGGAUUGCUACGGAAACACAGCUUUGCAUAUCGCUGCAGCCCAUGAGCACAUUGGAAUUGUCCAAAUGCUUCUUGAAGCUGACGCUGAUGUAAAUGCAGUGAAUAACAAUGGGGAUCCCGUGUUGCAUCAUGCAAUAAGCGACGGACCACAAUGCGUCAAAUUGCUAAUCGAUCGUGGGGCAAAUAUCCGCCUCAAAGGCGAAGGCGGUGACACACUCCUGCAUCGCGCAGCGCAGAGCUCACCUGAACUAGCGCGAGACUUACUCAAAGCUAGCAUGGACAUUGAAGCGGUAAACGACGAAGGAGCAUCACCUCUCCACGUUGCUGCAACGUAUGGGGAUAUUGCAUCAUUGAAGAUGCUGGUAGAGAGUGGAGCCGAUGUCAACACGGCCAACAAUGACGGCGAGACGGCUCUGCAUCUUGUGGCAGGGAACCCAUCCGCGCCAUAUCUCGGCAGCGGGCCUGAUUUAGAUGAGAAGACGAGAGUGUUGAUACAGGCGGGAGCGGAUAUCGAGGCGAAGGCAAAGUCUGGAAAGACACCUCUGGACUACGCAGUUGAUUCUGGCCGUGAAACUGUUGAGAAGGUACUACGUGAGAGGGCAGUGUAA